AUGUUAAACAAGAACAUUCUGCUGUUAUCUCUUACGAUUAGUCUUUUAGGAAUCACUCUUGGUGGGAAUGUUCUGAUUUGGCCAAUGGAAGGGAGUCAUUGGCUGAACAUUAAGAUACUUAUAGAUGAGUUGAUUAAAAAGGAGCAUAACGUGACUGUCUUAGUUGCCUCUGGUGCACUUUUCAUCUCGCCGACCUCUAACUCAUCUCUAAUAUUUGAAAUAUAUAAGGUGCCCUUUGGCAAAGAAAGAAUAGAAGGAGUCAUCAAGGACUUUGUUUUGACAUGGAUGGAAAAUAGGCCAUCUCCUUCAACCAUUUGGAGAUUCUAUCAGGAGAUAGCCAGAGUCAUCAAGAACUUUCACAUACUGUCUAGAGAAAUCUGUGAUGGUGUUCUCAAAAACCAAAAGCUGAUGGACAAGCUGAAGAAAAGCAAAUUUGACAUCCUGAUAUCAGAUCCAGUAUUUCCUUGUGGUGAUAUAGUAGCUUUAAAAUUGGGAAUUCCAUUUAUGUACUCCUUGAGGUUUUCUCCAGCUUCAACAGUGGAAAAGCAUUGUGGGAAGGUACCAUUCCCUCCUUCCUAUGUUCCUGCUAUAUUAUCAGAACUCACCGACCAGAUGUCUUUCACUGACAGAGUAAGAAAUUUCAUCUCCUACCAUCUGCAGGACUACAUGUUUGACACUCUUUGGAAAUCAUGGGAUUCCUACUAUAGUGAAGCUUUGGAUGGUAGCCAUUGGUUAAAUAUUAAGAUCAUUCUAGAGGAGCUGAUUCAAAGAAAUCACAAUGUGACUGUCCUGGCUUCAUCAACAGCUCUAUUCAUCAACUCUAAUCCUGAUUCUUCUGUGAAUUUUGAGGUGAUACCUGUCUCCUAUUUGAACAGCAAUAUAGAAUCCUUAAUUGAACACAUGAUAAAGCUGUGGCUAGACCACAGACCAACUCUUCUCACACUCUGGACUUUCUAUAAAGAACUAGGAAAACUUCUAGAUACUUUUUUUCGAAUCAAUAUACAAAUCUGUGAUGGAGUAUUAAACAACCCCAAGUUAAUGGCAAGACUUCAGAAAGGUGGUUUUGAUGUGUUAGUAGCAGACCCAGUAACUAUCUGUGGGGACCUCGUCGCUCUGAAAUUAGGAAUUCCAUUUGUGUACACACUGAGGUUCUCUCCAGCCUCCACAGUUGAGAGACACUGUGGGAAAAUCCCAGCACCUGCCUCCUAUGUACCUGCAGCUUUGUCAGAGCUCACUGACAAGAUGACCUUUGGUGAGAGGGUUAAAAAUACUAUCUCUUAUCCUCUGCAAGACUACAUAUUUCAGUCCUACUGGGGAGAAUGGAAUUCUUACUACAGCAAAGUUCUAGGAAGACCCACUACAUUAUGUGAGAUUAUGGGGAAAGCAGAAAUUUGGUUAAUUCGGACGUAUUGGGAUUUUGAAUUUCCUCGUCCAUACUUACCUAAUUUUGAGUUUGUAGGAGGGUUGCAUUGUAAACCUGCCAAACCAUUACCUAAGGUUUUAUGGAAAUACAAAGGAAAGAAACCAGCCACAUUAGGAGCCAAUACUCGACUCUAUGAUUGGAUACCCCAGAAUGAUCUUCUUGGUCAUCCCAAAACAAAAGCUUUUAUCACUCAUGGUGGAACCAAUGGGAUCUAUGAAGCUAUUUAUCAUGGGGUUCCUAUGGUGGGAGUUCCUAUGUUUGCUGAUCAACCUGAUAACAUCGCUCACAUGAAGGCCAAAGGAGCAGCUGUGGAGGUGAACAUAAACACAAUGACCAGUGAAGAUCUGCUCAAUGCCUUGAGAACAGUCAUUAAUGAACCUUCUUAUAAAGAGAAUGCUAUGAGGUUAUCAAAGAUUCACCAUGAUCAACCUGUGAAGCCCCUGGAUCGAGCAGUCUUCUGGAUCGAGUUUGUCAUGCGCCACAAAGGAGCCAAGCACCUGAGGCCAGCUGCCCACAACCUCACCUGGUUCCAGUACCACUCUUUGGAUGUGAUUGGGUUCCUGCUGGCCUGUGUGGCAACUGCUAUAUUCUUGGUCACAAAAUGUUGUUUGUUCUCUUGUCGAAAAUUUGGUAAAACAGGAAAGAAGAAAAAGAGGGAAUAGAUCUAAGUUUGGCAAAGGCCUAUUAAUGGGCAAUCCUGUUCAUUCUAGCCACAGUGACCUUAAUGAAAACAGAUUAUCUCCAUCCUGUUUUCAAAAUUCCCACUCCUCUACCUUAGCCUAGAGAUAAAGCCUAGAAUUCAACAUGAUCAUUAAUUAGUGAACAUGUCCCAGUCUUCCUUUGUCUUUUCCCAGGUGCCUUUACCCUCUUCUUCUCAUUUUCCUGUGACAGGGACACUAAUAAUUUUAUGUAUCUUCUAUUCAAAAUAUCAUUAUUUUCAUUAUGCUUAACCUUAAGAAUAUGCUGACUAACAAUAUGCUGAAUCCUGAGGAGCACACAACAUGUGAGUUGAAUGUGAUGGAUGUAGGGAAUAUAGAAGAAUAAAAUUCACAAGUUCCCCUAGAAUAUACAAAUCAAGGAAUCACCAUAGAUUAGUAUGCUAUAAGAAGCAUAAUGAUUUCUUUUUUCAUGAAAAAUAAGCCCUUCUGCUUGUCCAAAGUUAUUGGGGUCAGAGCCUAAAUUGAUAACAAUGGUUAUAGUGUAUCAUACUAGGGAAGGUCUACAAAUUCCCAUUCAAUCCAUAGGUAAUUAUGGCCUGUGUUCCUGCCUGCAAUCAACUAGCCCUCUAGUGUGCCUUUUAAUGCAAGGGUCUGGGGACUGCCCUCAAACAAAAGAGAUUAAUUGAGUCAUUAUUUUUUCUCAGGGACAGAGAAUGUCAGCAAUAUGUUAAAGGUGGCCAGAUCAUUUAUAGAGAAAAUAAUUAAGAAAUAUAGAAAAAAUUUUAUGAAAUUUUUAAUUAACAGUAUAUUGGUAACAUUAAAGUUAAAUGUCAAUUUAUUAUAUUGAAAAAUCAGUAAUGCCCAUAAUCUAUAAUCAUUCUUUAUAAUCAAAGAUUUAGUUUUCUAGCAAAAACAAAUAUUUACUUGGAAUGUAAGAUCAUUGUAUUAUUUUUCGGUCUGUAUCUUUUACAAAUUUAAAUUUAUCAAUUAAGUAUUAUGCCAAGCAUAUAAGUAAGAUAUUAAUAGAUCUGCUUGACUAAGGGUAUGUUUUAGUAAAUAUUUAUCAUGGAAAGCACUAAUUAAAAUUCAUAAUGAAUCAGCUCUGCAUUAAUUUAACAAGACUGCACUUUCUUUACCCCUUAUAAACUUAAUGAUAUAUUCUAAUUAAAGUUUUAAUUUCAGUAUUUCAUAUAUAAUUGAGUUGAAUGACAUCCGUUGGCUUACUGAAAAUUUUGAAAUUCAUAUUCAUUUUAACAUGGCAUAUUGAAAAUU